AGAAAAUGUCAUCUAAAAUCCUCAUCUUCUGUGUUCUCACUGCGAUCUCUCUUGCCUCAGUAGACAUCACUGGCAUGAGCGAUGAAUGCUCCAGCUGUAUCGCUGAAGGCGGUAAAGUCUGCAAGCCUAAUGCAAGAAAGGAUGCUGCAUACUGAUGUGACCCUGAUGAACUCUCUGCUGACUGAGUAAAGGGUAUUCAAGGGAUCUGCAGCCACAAUCUCUUGUCCUGGGCCAGCCCAGGACUAGAGAUUGAUGCAGAAGAUCACUCUCAGUACUUACUCUGUCCUAACAGUGGCUCAUGUGGCACUGAAGUGUACUUCCUGUCUCCAGGAAGGCCAACUAAUAUUAAGGUUCACUCUGUUCCUGCCAAUGAAGUCUGAGUAAUAGGGAUUGUCAGUAAAACUCUUGGAAACGAAAGGUUCCUGAAGAUCCUUCAAACCGAGAUGUCUAAUGUUCAGGUUUCCAUGUUUCAUCGCAGUGAAGAUAAGUUUACAGUAGCAGGAAAGGUUAUUCAUAACGAUGACCCAGAGAACUCCCCAGCUCAAUAUAUAGAAGUUGAACCUUACAAACUCUUGACACUGGUAAUCGCUCCAAUACAGAAGGAUAUGGAAGGAAGCUUCAAGGCUGCCAUCAUUCCUACCGAGAAGAAUGGAUCAGGAGGGCUCAGCAAAGGAGCAAUCAUCGGGAUUGUAGUGGGUAGCCUAAUCCUAGCUACAAUAGUAAUCACUGCAAUAAUCUGCAUCGUAAGAAGAAGGAAGGCUUCAUCCUCUGAAGCAAUUUACACAGCUGUGAACGAGGCUUAAUACCACCACGGACUUGGAGAAUAUUUUCAUUUUUUAAUAAAGUU